GCCAAAAAUACAAACAAACCAGUGGCGGCUAGCAAUUAUAAACGCGUGUCGAAUUUAUACAUUUUCAAUGGUUGUUCGUUUGUAAAAUAGCUUUAAACAUUUAAUUUUAUUUUAAUACAAUAUGUCCAAAGUUAAAAGUGAUAAAGCCGUAUCAUCUGAGAAAAGUGUUCACGGUGAAAAUAGCGAUGACUCGGGUGGUGAUGAUACCGCCAGUGUUAGCACGAAUAAUACUUCACGCAGCAAGUCGCCUACCGCUCGCCGAUCUCGUGGCUACAGACGUAGCAACAAAGCAAAAGCGCGGAAACCAGCAUACAAAUAUGAUUAUCAUGUGAAGGAAAAUCAUGGUCAGGCCAUUUUUGGCAUUAGUUUCAAUCAUUGGCUGGGUAACGAUCAGCCGCAUAUAUUCGCCACUGCCGGCAGCAAUCGCUGCACCGUUUAUGAAUGCCCACGUCAAGGAAGUAUUAAAUUGAUUCUCUGCUACGCAGACCCGGAUCCAGAUGAGGUAUUUUACACAUGCGCAUGGUCGUAUGAUAUUAACACAUCUUUGCCAUUACUUGCCACUGCCGGCUAUCGCGGAGUAAUACGCGUUAUUGAUGUGCAAAACAAUGAGACUGUAGGUAAUUAUAUUGGCCAUGGACAGGCCAUCAACGAACUGAAAUAUCAUCCGCGACAACCGCACUUACUGCUCUCUGGUAGUAAAGACCAUGCCAUACGCCUUUGGAAUACACAGUCACAUGUUUGUAUUGCAAUUUUUGGUGGUGUAGAGGGGCAUCGCGAUGAGGUGCUAUCGAUUGAUUUUGAUUUCCGCGGCGAACGUAUUAUGUCCAGUGGAAUGGACCAUUCAUUAAAACUGUGGUUCAUAAACACCAACGAUUUUAAGGAGAAAAUCGAAUUGUCACGUACAUUCAAUCCACAGAAAUCACCGCGACCAUUCCCAACAAUAAUGCAACAUUUUCCAGAUUUCUCUACGCGCGAUAUACAUCGCAAUUAUGUAGAUUGUGUACAAUGGUUUGGCGAUUAUGUACUCUCUAAGUCAUGUGAAAAUUCCAUUAUCUGUUGGAAGCCUGGACAACUGCAUCAAAGUUUGUCCUCACUUAAACCAAACGAUCCGUCAUGCACCAUUAUAGCAGAAUUCGAUUACGAUGAGUGCGAAAUAUGGUUUGUACGGUUCGGCUUUAACCCGUGUCACAAAAUAAUUGCAUUGGGCAAUCAGCACGGCAAAGUAUAUGUGUGGGAACUUGAUCCUGGCGAUCCGGGGCAUACAUACACAAGUACGCUAAAUAAUUUAAAGUGUAAUUCUGUUGUGCGGCAGGUAGCAUUCUCACGCGAUUCCAGUGUGCUGGUUUAUGUAUGUGACGAUGGCACAGUCUGGCGUUGGAAUCGAACCAAUAUGGUACAAAAAACGCCGUGAAGGUUACUACUAAUAAGAAACGUCUUUCAAAAUUAACCAAAUCGUAAAUGCCAAUUAAAAUAUACCAAACUGCUGGAAGAGGAAAACCGUGAAAGUCAAUUGCGAAAAUGGAUUAAUAUGCAUAGUUACUAAGCUAGUUGUUGUUUUUUAAUAUAAAUUUAGUGCAACAAGAUUUAUAUAGUUUAUAUAUUUUAGUCGGAUAAUUAGAACAAAAAAAGAUGCUGCGUGACACUUUUUCAAUUAAAACUUGUUUUUUUUUAUCAACUGUGCAUAUCAAGUGGCAAUAAUUAAUCAUAAUUGGAGUUCUUGAAAGCAGAAUAACUGCCGUUUUCCUACCAUACUUGAAAUUUAUAUAUCUUGAACGGUUAAUACUCUUUGAUGUUAAACGAACCUCUGAGUUAAAUACACCUAAUUAAAAUCUCAUUAACUUAGAUAGACACAAACUGUUAAAAUUUACAUAUAAAUGUACUUAUUGCAUUACAUACGU